UGAUGUAUCCAUACCUAUAGAUAACCAUAUAUAUGUGUUUAGUUGUACUGUAAGUAGUUGUUAUACAUGAAGACCUUACGAAAGUCGCUGUACUUUUGUCGUGUCAAUAAAGAUUGUAUUGUCAAGGUUUAGAGUGGAAGUUUCUUGAAUCAAUAUCAAAAUAUUUGCAUUGCUUGUGGGAUUAAGAUACAGUGCUAUUCAAGAUAGCAAAUAAUGACCAGACAUCAAAACAUCAUCGUAUCUUUGCAGCCGCGUAACUGUUGGUAAAUAAUUCUUACUGUUUGGUUUGGUUUGCAUUUGACUUAUGGCAUAUAACCCAGAAACAGAUGUUUGCCCCUCUGUUCCGGUAGAAGCCAUUAAUCAAAAUAUUCCUUGGUGACGCAUGCGUCUGUAGGCUUGUGCACAAGGAUCCAUGUGUUUUUGUCCCAAGGUUUCGCCCUACAAGUCUCUUGACGUAUCACUGUGUUCACAAUGGUAACGGUGCCUGCCUGUUACUUUCUGUUCAUCUAUUUCUUGACGUCGACAUGCAAAGUACAGGGAGUUGUGACGCCAGCAGACAUCACUCAGCUGGUCACCGAAGCAGAGGAGUUGUACCGCGAAGCAGAGGAAGCCGUGAAGAAUCCGUGCACUCUUCAAACCUUGAACGAUUAUUCAACGGACUUAACUAGAAUUUCUGCCAGAAUAGAGGGGGUUACUGCGUCUGUGAGAACGUCUGUUCCUCCUCAUCGACCGCCAGCGGAAGUCAUUGCAAAUAUCGAGAACAGUAUGCACUUGCUGCAUUCGAAAAUCACGGAGCUUUUGGAACAGGUUCGCGGAGAAAUCGAAUCAUCUCAGGAGAGGGCGUGCUAUGCACCGCCGCGGCUCUACGGGGGGCAGAGAGGCAGGCCAAAGUUCAACGUCACCCGGGACCAGAUAGAUCUGCUAGGUUGCGAGGCCGGGUUAACAUGGGCAGAGACUGCAAGGACACUAGGAAUUUCAAGGUCAUCCUUGUAUCGCAGGCGGAAGGAGUACGGAUUGACGGCACCGCGAACAACAGUCAUCAGCGACGACGAUUUGGAUAGCAUAGUGAGGAAGGUGACUGCAGGCAGGCCGCACAUGGGCGUCACGAUGACCCAGGCUGCUCUCCACACACAGAGCAUUCGUGUCCCCAAGGCACGCGUGCAGACGUCAUUAAAGAGAAUAGAUCCACAUGGUGCUACGUUCCGCAUGAGAAGUAAGAUAAAGCGGAUCAGAUACUUCUCGCCAAGUCCGAAUUUCCUGUGGCAUAUUGACAGCAACCACAAACUAGCCGGGUAAGCCUUGUUUAUUGACUAUAAAGUAUAAUCCUCUAAGGAAUAGCAAACCAAAAUGUAAUCCUAUCUGAAAGUAAUAUCGUCAUUGGAUUUUCAACAUUGUUUCCAACUUUUAACAUAUCAUUCAAUCAUGUACGAGACGCUGCUGGCAUUUCUGUAACUCAAGCAACUUUUGUAUCUCACUAGUUUGCGGCACCUUGACGGCGUCACUGCGUCCUACAUUGAGCCCUUGACUCAUGAUAUCAAUGUCAUGCAAUUCAAGCAAAUAUACAGAUAUGACUAAAAAGACAACAAAACGCAAAGAGCGUAAAAAGAUUCGUUUUCUAUCGACGACAUUCGUUGAACGCUGUGUCAAAUCGCUCAGCCGCAGCGACGUACCGAAACUUUAGUGCAAGUGAGAUACUAGGCAGGAUGUAUGGUACCCAGGGUAAUGAAAAAAGCGGUAUAAAAGUUUUAAAUUGCGCUGGCGAUGAAAAGUAUGUAGUUUUCCUUUGUAUGAUAUUGACGUAAGUAAACAUCAAUUAUUGAGGCAAGCCAUUAAAUGUAGUAAUCCCUAUGUCGUAUGUUGGUCUGUCUUUUACAGAAAUAGAUACACGAGGUGGAAGAUCGUCAUUCAAGCCGGGACGGACGGGUAUUCUCGUCUAUGCACCUUCCUUGGAGCCACCAAUAGGAACACGGCAGCAAAUAUGAAGGAGUAUUUUCUUAGAGGUGUUCGAGACUUCGGCUUUCCAUCUCGGAUAAGGACGGACAAGGGGGGAGAGAAUGUGGAUAUUGUUGCAUUAAUGAUGAAUAUCAGAGGUCCUGCGCACCAUCCGCAUUUUGAAGGGCCCUCAGUACAUAACACCAGAAUAGAAAGGUUCUGGAGGGAUGUCAGAAUGAGAUGUACCCAACGAUACAUGGACUUUUUCUGGGGACUAGAAAGGGCCGCAAUCCUAGAUGCGGAUUCGGAAGAAGACAUCGCUGCCCUUCACUAUGUCUUCCUGCCUCGUAUCAAUAGGGACCUGUCUAUAUUCCAACAGUGGUGGAACAACCACAAAAUUAGAACAGCGCGCUCUAAAACCCCCAAACAACUUUUCUUGCAGGGAUUUAUGAAAAAUUUUCAUUCGGACUAUACAAGUGUCAGGGAAUACUUUGGUUUACAACAGCCACCAGCCGAAGUUGACGAUAUCAUUAAUGAGGAAUUUGACCCAGUUUUCUUGAACUUGUCAGAUGAAACUGUUCACGAGCUCCAAGCCAUCAAUCCAUUGGCUGAUAGUGAGAACGAAGGCAGGGAUCUAUACCUUCAAGCAAGAGCUAUAAUAAGAAGAAUGAACUGAUUUGUCGUUGUACAACUACUUUUGGAACACCGUAUCAGUAACCUGGAUAUCAGACUAUAUCCAGUCCUUUCACUCAAGGUCAUUGAGACGGUAAAUAGUCUAAUAACCAGACAAGGCUUUGACACAACCAGCUUCUUAGUGUCAAUAUGUCCGAAGGAUAUCCCCCCUCCCCCUAAAGUAGUGUGCCUCCUUCCAUGGUUCAGUUAAUUGCAUGAAGUGAAAGUGACAUGCUUUAAAACUUAUUUGAACCACCUUUGCAAUAAAGACAGGUCCCUAUUGUACACUUGUAUUCUGCAACUGAAUACUUCUAUACGUGAAUUUUUUCCUUCUAUUUCUAUAAAAGAAGAAAGUAAUAUGACUGACCUUUGCAUAAUGCAGAAGCCAUAGUACACUAUUGUGUGGGAGCGUAACUCCGUUAACUGCAUUUUGUUUUGUAUACUUGUAUUCUGCAACUGUAUACUUCUAUACGUGUAUUUUUUCCUUCUUUUUUUUUUACUGUUGUCUUAGGUGUAGGGGCACAACCUGUAAAGGGGAUUUUGCACCUGUUUUGAGGAAUGUGUAAAGAAAAGAGACACGGCCUUGUGCCUUGGCCAGAAAAUCAUGUCUUGCAAAUUAUUCACACACUAUGUUACAUGUGUUAUUGUGGGGUAGAGACGUAGUUGAUCAUCGCAUGUCACUGAAAAUUAGAGACCAUAUGGGCAAUGAAAGGAUCUUUGUCAGGUGACUGAUGUCCAGGAAUGGUAAUAUUGAUAAUAAACACUUGAAGAAGAAA